GUUGUAAGAAAAUGGCAGACAAGCCAGACAUUGGGGAAAUCGCCAGCUUCGAUAACGCCAAGCUGAAGAAGACCGAGACGCAGGAGAAGAACACCCUGCCGACCAAAGAGACCAUUGAACAGGAAAAGAGGAGUGAAAUUUCCUAAAAGCCCAGACUGGAGGAUUACCCCACCCCACC